UACAGUUUAAGGGGACCUGAGUGGGUGAAGGGACCAGAAAAACCCAGGAAGUAGAGAAAAAACAUUGACGAGCCGGGAAGCGGCUGAGCCCCCGUCUCAUCACCAAUUGGCUAGGGUUAUCCAGGUCCCUGCCUGUGAUUGGCUGGCCCCACAAAGACACCGCCUCCCUGGCGAAGCCGGCCCUGCAAACGGAGCCUGGAGCCGGGUGUAAUAUCCUAGAAGCUGCGCGCUACAGGGCCUGCGCUGCCGGGCAUUGGGCUUUGGGCCUGGGGCGCUCUCUGGCAGUAGGUGCUGAGCUGCCGGGAAAGGCCGCUUCUGACGCUGGGCCACCGGACGCCGCGGUACCUGGCUUCUUCACUUUGAGUUUCCGCCGCGAAGCGCCAGUCCGGGCCGAGGAGGGAGUCUUUACUACCGCUGCCUGGUUUCAUUCAUGCUCUGAGGAGGGUGUGAGAAGGAACCAUGGAUCCCACAGCCUUGGUGGAAGCCAUUGUGGAAGAAGUGGCCUGUCCCAUCUGUAUGACCUUCCUGAGGGAGCCCAUGAGCAUUGACUGUGGCCACAGCUUCUGCCACAGCUGUCUCUCCGGACUCUGGGAGGUCCCAGGAGAAACCCAGAACUGGGGUUACACCUGUCCUCUCUGUCGAGCUCCUGUCCAGCCAAGGAACCUGCGGCCUAAUUGGCAACUGGCCAAUGUUGUAGAAAAAGUCCGUCUCCUAAGGCUCCAUCCAGGAAUGGGGCUGAAGGGUGACCUGUGUGAGUGUCAUGGAGAAGAGCUGAAGAUGUUCUGCAAAGAGGAUGUCCUGAUAAUGUGUGAGGCCUGUAGCCGGUCUCCAGAACAUGAGGCCCACAGUGUUGUGCCAAUGGAGGAUGUCGCUUGGGAGUACAAGUGGGAACUUCAUGAGGCUCUUGAACAUCUGAAGAAAGAGCAAGAAAAAGCCUGGAAGCUGGAAAUUGGCGAGAGGAAACAAACUGCCACCUGGAAGAUACAGGUGGAAACCCGAAAACAGAGUAUUGUGUGGGAGUUUGAGAAGUAUCAGCGAUUACUAGAGAAAAAGCAGCCAUCACGUCGGCAGCUGGAGGCAGAGGUAGCAGCAGCUCUGGCCAGCCUACAGCGGGAGGAGGAGGAGACCAUGCAGAAACUGGAGCUGAACCGUAGUGAGCUUAUCCAGCAGAGCCGGGUCCUGUGGAGGAUGAUUGCAGAGUUGAAAGAGAGAUCGCAGAGGCCUGUCCGCUGGAUGUUGCAGGAUAUUCAGGAAGUAUUAAACAGGAGCAAGUCUUGGAGCCUGCAGCAGCCAGAACCAAUCUCCCUGGAAUUGAAGACAGAUUGCCGUGUGCUAGGGCUAAGAGAGAUCCUAAAGACCUAUGCAGCUGACGUGCACCUGGAUCCAGAUACUGCUUACUCUCGUCUCAUUGUGUCAGAAGACAGAAAAUGUGUGCACUAUGGAGACACCAACCAGAAACUUCCUGACAAUCCUGAGAGAUUUUACCGCUAUAAUAUUGUCCUGGGCAGCCAGCGCAUCUCCUCAGGCCGGCACUACUGGGAGGUGGAGGUGGGAGACAGGUCUGAGUGGGGCCUGGGAGUAUGUAAGGAGAAUGUAGACCGGAAGGAGGUGGUCUAUUUAUCCCCCCACUAUGGAUUCUGGGUGAUAAGGCUGAGGAAGGGAAAUGAGUACCGAGCAGGCACCGAUGAGUACCCGCUCCUGUCCUUGCCAGUCCCUCCUCGCCGGGUGGGAAUCUUUGUGGAUUACGAGGCCCAUGACAUUUCCUUCUACAAUGUGACUGACAAUGGCUCCCACAUCUUCACUUUUCCCCGCUUUCCCUUCCCUGGGCGCCUCCUGCCCUAUUUUAGUCCUUGCUACAGCAUUGGAACCAACAACACUGCUCCUCUGGCCAUCUGUUCCCUGAACGGGGAGGACUAAGAGAGCUACCAUCCUAAGGAGAGGGCUUGGAAUUGGGGCUAGCCCCCACGGGGCUUGGAGGACCCAGCCACUGACAGAUAUCCCCUCAAACUGAGCUGAGCCCAGAAUCCAAGGAUUCCUCUGUCUGAUCCUUUGGUUUCUUGCUAUCAGGCUAAAGUCUGUCAUGAAACCACUUAUUUAAAAAAGCACAGGCCCAGUCAAAUGAACAUUGCACCCCAUAAGGGAAGCAUCAGGGCUGAUGGUGAGGAUCAGAGCACUUCUAAGGUGACUUGCUGGGGUAAGGAUCAGGGCUUUGUCCAUUUGGUAGCCCACACCCCUCUUCCCUGAUUCCUGUCCCUUGUCACAGUUAAGUCAUUGAAGAUGAUGAAGUCGAUACAAUCGUCAGGACAUCAUUAGGUAGGGUUUCCCAGUAGGCCAACAAAAAAAAAAAAAUGCUGCCCAUACCCAGAGCUGGUUGUUGUGCUGAGGCCGUCAGAGGAUACUUCCCCUGAGGUUUACUACAACUAAGCAACCUUUAUGUGACCCUCACUCUCUGACCUCCUGGUGAGAGAAAUUCAGUGCAGCAGGGGACACAGACCUGCCCAGGCCACCCCACCUCCAUUCCUUCUUGAGCCCAAGCUGGGCAAAUCACUGUCCCUCGGACUCCCAGGAGACCAGUGUCCUAGUCCUGCUUUUUUUCUCUGAGUGGCAGGAUCAGAAAACCUGUGAGCCUUAGUUUGUAUUUUCACUUUAUGAAUGAGGAAACUGAAAUGGCCUUAAUGAAGCAAGUUAUGUUUUACAAAGCUGUUGAAGAUAAGAUUAUAAAAACUGUAAAGCAUUUUUCACACUCAAACAAGGUUGACAAACUCACUUCUCAGAUCACAUGUCUCUACAUCAGUUAUUACAUUUGAGUCUGAAACAUCUCACAUGUUCAGAAGGUUUUAUGUGUCCUCAUUGGGAAAAUGAGUGUAAUUCAGCAUGAAACCUCAUACUAUAGUCCUGCCUCGUAGAGUUGUUGUGUAGAUCCCAGAUGCAUCCCAUGCAUUUGUUCCUUUCUGAGACAUAGAGGAAGGCAAGCUGUGGAUUUUGCACGUGGUGACCUUCCCACUGUGCCAUGAUACAGCCUGCAUCUUACAGCAGCACCUUUGUCUCAGGGCCUCUCUUGACAGUCUAGAGAGCCUUUUGGGCAGAAAGGUGCUUCAAAUGGCUGUGAUAAGGACUAUUAAAAAUUGUGUUUCUACUUUAAUUGUAUUGGCUGUUCAUGUAUGUAGAAAUUAAAACAGGCCAAACUGGAGAAAUAAACUCAUUCUGCUCACCAUGCUUCCAGGUUGCUUCUUGAGAAUUAGCAGUAGAAGGGGAGGUUUCCAGCAGCUGCUUGGAGGGGAAUGAGCUGGUGAGUCACAGACCCUGGUGCUGGCAAAGGGUUGAGCCUUCCUUUGUUAGGGGAGUAUCUUUGUAAGGGGAUUUCCUGGCAAAGGGAUAAUUGAGAAGUAGGUCCUUAGGAAGGACUUCAGUUAUGUCUGUGGACACAUGGCACAAAGGGUUAAGGGAAAAUCAAUGUUGUUCUUUCGCUAUUAGGACAAAUCUUGGAAGUUUCCUUGAAACAGAGGAUUGUUAGGUGAUAAAUUCAUUCAAACCUAGAAUGAAGGAAGGAAUGAAAUGGUCUCAUUCGUAAUGUACUCUUUUUGGUUAGUUUUAUUUAUUUAUAUAUUUUUUUACAUUUAUAAGCCUGUUUGGGCACUCUGCUUAUUUGUUAGAAGAGUUGUAAGAUUAAACAAUGCCACAUUAUUACAGAUUGUCUGAUUUUUAAGACCAGACAAGAAAAUUGAAGCUCUUAAGUGCCUGAAAACGCUUUCUACAGAGUAGUUGUUUACACUUCCCUCCUAAGAAUCAUGUGAAAACAAGGACCUUAUUUGUCUGUUCACCAUUGUAGCCCUAGCCUACUACUGUGUGUGUGUGCAUGCGUAUGUGUAUGGGUGUGGGUGUGUGUAUUAAAUAUUUAAGUGAGGGAACUUUCAUGUGACUAGAAUCAAAAAUAACCUGCUUUUAUCUCAAAGGAGCAGCAAAAACUAGAGGAUACCUAAUUAUAUUCCUGUUCAAAUAUGAAUUUAAUGGAAAAUUUAUUUUACUGUACCUUUCAUAAGUGGUCUAGUAAGACAGGAGGCAGGUGGCCGUGUGGAGGUGGAGAGACUGCGCUGCUCCCUGAAAUGCCUAGGGCGGCAUCCCCAGUUUGGUCCAAGCAUUCACUGCAAGGCAGGGAGAAGCUUUGCCUACCUUUGUUUUGUAGAGAAACUGAGGGAUGCAAUACCUGAGCCUUACGGGAGAAGGCUGCAAAGAGGGUAAAAUGCCUGGGUACUGCAACAA